AUGCAUACAUUUUACGUACGAAACGCUUUAUUGUACCUGUUCUUAUCGUGCAUGCUUGUCAAUGUUAUUAAAGCAGUGCAAGAAGGACAACAACAAAAUACGAAUACACCAUCUUCUGCUGGCCAUCAUCGAUCCGUGAUUGGUGCUUCUGCUUCUACUUCUGCUGUCCCACUUGAAAGAGUCCAUUUAGCAUCUCAAUCACGUUUUAUUCGUAUUCCUACAAGUCAUGGUGAAUCACGUUAUUUCGGCGCAAGUGAAGCAGAAGAACAUUCGAAUGCACGUAAUAGAGUCAAUUCAAUCUCACGUCAACGUAAAGGGUGGAAAUCAACACCAGAAAACUUGGCAAAUCGAUAUCAAUACCUCAAAGAUCGAAAGGAACAAAGACAAACAAAAGAUGCCGCUCUUGCUCACCCUCAUCAAGGCCAAGUCCAGGUUAGAGAUGAUCGAUCAAAAAGCCGCUUUACAGCUGAAGAUCAUGUGAUGCAAUCAAAGUCACACCUUUCUCAGCCUGUAAGAAAACCCAUCGCACGCAAAGUAAGCAAAACAGCAGUCAUUAUCGAUCAUCCAGAUGCUGUAAGGCAACAUAAGAUUACGCAAUCUCCCACUUCUGCAUUUCACAAAGUUCAUCCUACAACUAAUGGAGCAAGUCGUGAUGCUGCUGCUCCGCCACGUAGCUCACCGAAUCAUUCAUCUUCCGCUACCAGUCAUGAAAGUACAAAUCCGCAAGGUGAGCUUAUGUCUAAACAUUUUGGCGGUUGGAAAACGCCGUCCCGAAAACGCAAGCAUGAAUGA